GCUGGAGCGAGCAAGAACAGGGGUGCCUCAAAGAGUUGGGCGAAUCCUAAGAGGAAUCUGCGUCGCAGCCUUGCGCUUGCCUCCUCCAAAAAUUCCUCGAACAUAUAUUCUAGUUGUCCUCUCUACCUUGGAUUCCAGACUUGCAAUGACUAUAAACCUUCCUUUUUGACAAUCUCUCUGAGGCCUCCACCUUCCACCCUAUAUAGAUCCCGACUUCAACCAUGGCCCCAAGCACUGGAGGACGCCCACCUAACGCAUGGAACCCAUCACGAAGAAGAAAGCUGGUGCGGCUAUACACUUUGACAAAGCUCAGCAAAGAGGAGAUCCAGAAGGUGCUUGCUGCUCCUGGGUUUAAUCCCUGCCCGAGAGACAUACAAACGCAAUUGCACGCGCUGCUUCCCUCCGGCUACGGGAAAUCUCACACAAAAUUCCACCCCUCCAACGAUGCGAAAGUCAAAGUGCGGCUUGACUGUCUGCGGCGAUGCAAGGCGGGCCGAAUAUCCAAAGAAAGAGCAGCUCGCCGGCAGAAGUGCAUAGUACAAACCAAACUUGACCAGUCUCGUACUAUUUCGACGGCUCUGUGGGAAUCAUUCGAUGGGGGCUCUCAGGCUUUUCGGAAUUAUGCUACCAAAACUUCUCUGCCUCUCCCCCGAGACUUGUCUGAUGCCCAGCCAGUCACUUCCUCACUCUUGCUCCUGGAUGGCUCCGAAGUAUCGUCGCACCCAAGUGUCUCCUCAUUCUACCCGAGUAUAGACGCUUCCACUAAUGGAUUGUCCGAAGCUCGACGUCCCACACCGCAGAUCAGUAACAAUAACAAUAACAGGGCAAUUCAGGAGGCGUCAAGUUCCACCUCAAUCGCUCAUGCGGAACUAAGCACAUCCUCUCAUGACAUUGGUAUUAUCGAGGAAAUGCUAGGAGCUAAGCACUCAGGCACUUGUGUCAAGCAUGUUUACAGAGCUUUGCGACUUUCUUCAGGCAGCUCGUUGAGGUCCAAUCUAACCUCUCUGUCAAGUCUUGCCAGUUCCUUGUUAUCGAAACUCUCUUCUCGCAACUCGAGGGCAACAACUGCUGAACUUACGAAAGAGGAGCUGAAAAUCUGGAAUGAGCUGGUCGAUGACUCGAAAACGGACAUCCCUCGGCCAUUGUACACAACUAUCUCGCCGCUGAAUCGAAAGUGUUGUAUGCCACCGCUCUUCGGAAUGUCUUUAGACACAGUAUCUAGUAUUUGUGAGACGUGCGGCUUUAGUGCACAAUAUCGGCGCGUUAUGUUAUUCACUGACGUAAGCGGAAUCCGCCUCUCCCCUGUGACUGACUUCUAUGGAAACACACUUCUUCACUGUGCAGCUGCGGCUGUUAAGUGGAACGAAUUCUGGAGGGUCAGGGAAAUGGUUGCAAAAGGAGCAAAUGUCAACAUCAGAAAUACAUCCGGGGAAACAUUUCUACAUAUUCUUUGUCGACAUUCACUAAAAAACAAUCAGGAUGCCUUGGAUCUUGUAUCAAUAUUGAAGCUUGUGCAGAACAGCCCACUCUUCUCGAUCUCCGAUUACCACGGCUGCACAAUCUUGCAUUAUCUAUUCCAAGGUCUAGAACACUUUAUAUUCAGACAUGUGGACUACUCUCUAUUCGGUAUAGACAAGUCAACGUCUAGUGUGCGGCUCAUGUCUGAAAUAUUCGAAGUCAUUAAACCCGCGCUCUGGAAGCAAUAUAUCAACACACAAGACAAUGCGGGAAACAAAGUUUUGGGUAUUUUGCAAGAUUCCUGCAGCAGAGUUAGCAGCAGAGUUGGCAGCAGAGUUGGCAGCAGAGUUGGCAUGAUAUCGUUUACUAAGGACGCGACGAAAUUGAUGGCCACCAUUAUGAAGAAUAUCACACCGCCUCCAAGUAUCGUUCAUUAUCAGUCCGACCUUGUUGGAAGGGUGACUAUUCCUGGGCAGAUGACGAACGAGGAUUUCUACGGGUGGCUUGGAGACCUUAACCUUGUUCCAGGGAUGACCGAAAAAGAAGCUACAGAGAGGAUGCUUGAAGAUAUCUGUCUUGAACGGCGUCUAACAUGGAUCGAUGCUUUUGGUGACACACCUCUCACAGCUUUGCUUAAGUCUCCGCUAGCAGCCACAAUUCCAGCUGAUUCUCUUCGGAAGUAUGUCAAGUGCAUGCUCAAAUUCGGCGCCGAGAUCCAUAUCCGAGACAGAAACGGCGACACAGCACUUGCCAUCGCUGCCAGGCUUGGAAUUCACUCUGUAGUCACACUACUCCUUGAGGAGGGGGCGAAUGUUCACAGUCGAGACUACCUAGGGGUGGGAAUAUUGAGUCAAACUGAACGUAGCAUGCAUCUUGCCGCUGGAGAUGAGAAGCUCUGGGCUAUGAUCUGGAGCUGCAGAAUUACCUUGAUUGAUGCCGGGGCGAAGGAAGAGCCGACAGACCAGGAUGAGUGGAUGCUCCCGUUGUCAACACGGCUAAAGUUACAAGAGGGUCAAGAUGUGAACGGGCAAUUGGUGUGAACAGUCUUGAAUAUCCAUCUUAGCGUCGUCGUUUAAUCCACCAACAAGCAACUAUUCUUCUUCAAGUCCUCAUGAGAUCCCGUCUCAGCAAGACCUCACAUGUCCCUUGUUCUUUCCACUCUCUUCGAAAUCCUAAGCGGGAUGUCGCUCUCAUAAUAACUCACCACAUUGUCCCCCCACCUAAUUCUCUCUUCUCCCUCAAUCUCAACCUCAAAUCCCCCACCUACCAAUCGAGCAAUAAAAGUCUUCAUCUCAGCAACUGCAAGAUGCCGUCUAAUGCAAUCCCUCCUCCCUACCGAAAACGGUACCAAAUCUUCAAUCUCCUGCUUCCCAUCCCACCUCACUACCUCCUCCCCAUUCCCACCAACUCCC